AUGAAAGAAAUACUAGAGACUCCAGUAGACAAGCCAGAGAAUGAAUUCGAUGCUACAGUUGAUGCUAAGGAAGAUACUGUACAAUCUCCAAGGCAAGUCGUUUAUGAGGAAUCAGACGGAAUAAUCGAAGAAGAAAAUUCCCUUGAUGAUGAUAUUCACAAGUCUAGCUCUCUUGGUGAUGAACUUGCGUCCGCAACGCCACCCAGCCACCACUGCACCACCACCCAGACGCCGCCUCCACGCCGGACGCCGCCGCCGCAACCCCCUCCCCUCCCUUCUUCUCCCUUCUUCCUCUAUCCUCCCCUCUCCACCACUGUCCUCCGCGACCACCGCCCCCCACCGCCGGCCACCCAACCGCGCCCCCCCUCUCCGCCACCCACCCGCAGCCCCCCUUCUUCUAUCACUAACCCUAAACCCUCUCCACCACUGCCCCCCUCAGCCGCCACCGCGCCAAACGCCGCCACAGCCACCUUCUUCUCCGUUCCACCCCUUCCGCCUACCAGGAUGUCUGCCUCACAAAGGAAAGGUAAAGGCAAGGCUACUGGCAAGCGCAAGCGAGGAGUUUCCUCCCAGUCCAUCAUUGCUCUAAUGCACAAUUCUUCAUGGUGGGAGAAGAACAUCACACAGCAGGAGAAAGCUGACCAGCUGCUUCCUGCAAAUGAUCCAUUAAAAUUUGCGAACCGGUACUGUGAACUGAAGUACCCGACUUUUGCAAACUCCAGAAAUCUAUACCUGGAACGAACUCUAAAAAUUCCAGAAGCCCUCCAAUAG